CCUGAUAGACAUCCUGGAAAUUCAAAGGCUUUCUCUCAGUUUAAUAAAAUCAAUGAAUCCUUCUGGGAGAUCAUUAAAUAUCUAAAACAGAAGGCCCAGGAAGACGACAUAAAUGAUCCCGAAGUGGAGAAAACUUUGCGGAAAUGCGCGGAGUACGCUCCUGGCAAUGUUGAUAUAAAGGGAAAUGGGAUGGCACUGACGAUUGAAGAUCAUAAACUAUGGAGAAAAGCAUUAAAAAUGACUUUUCCCUCGGCGGUUGUAGGAAAUCAGCGAAGGAACAGUAUCACAGCGCUAAAAAAUCAGUUCUCCAAAGGAGGUUCUGGAAUUAGAUUCAUCAUUCGAUUUAAAAUAAAGGGGAAUGAUGAAUUUCUGUUGAAAACUACAGUAUCUGUGUAUGAUACUGAUAUCCUUGUUGUAUCAGGGGCAAGCUACUAUAUCUGGAUUCUAGAACAUUUUAAGGAACUGAAGAAAUUGGUUGAAACAAAACUCCUACUUUGGGGGCGAAAAUUACUCUCUAAUGUUAUCUAG